GCCAGCGGUGGCGCGGAGUCCGGGUUGCGCGUCGCGCCGAGGACCAUGGCCGCCUCUCCUGGGUCCGCCGGCCUUGGCGGCGCCGGAGCUGUCCACGGCUCUAGCCCGUCGGGCUUUGCCUUCGACUCGGGACUGGAGAUCAAAACGCGCUCGGUGGAGCAGACGCUGCUCCCGUUGGUUUCUCAGAUCACUACCCUUAUUAAUCAUAAAGAUAAUACCAAAAAGUCUGAUAAAACUCUGCAAGCAAUUCAGCGAGUCGGACAAGCUGUGAACUUGGCAGUUGGAAGAUUUGUCAAAGUAGGGGAAGCUAUAGCCAAUGAAAACCGGGAUUUGAAAGAAGAGAUAAAUAUUGCCUGUAUCGAAGCUAAGCAAGCAGGAGAAACAAUUGCAGCACUUACAGACGUAACCAACUUGAAUCAUCCAGAAUCUGAUGGCCAGAUCACAGUUUUUACAGACAAAACAGGAGUUAUAAAGGCUGCAAGAUUACUUCUUUCUUCAGUAACAAAGGUUUUGUUGCUUGCAGACCGAGUCGUCAUCAAACAGAUAAUAGCAUCAAGAAAUAAGGUUCUGGCCACUAUGGAACGGCUAGAGAAAGUGAACAGCUUUCAAGAAUUUGUCCAAAUAUUCAGUCAGUUUGGAAAUGAGAUGGUGGAGUUUGCACACCUAACUGGAGAUAGGCAAAAUGAUUUGAAAGAUGAAAAGAAGAAAGCAAAAAUGGCAGCAGCGAGGGCAGUUCUUGAAAAGGGUACAAUGAUGCUUCUCACAGCUUCCAAGACAUGUCUCAGGCACCCCAGCUGCGAAUCAGCCCAUAAAAAUAAAGAAGGAGUAUUCGACCGAAUGAAAGUGGCAUUGGAUAAGGUCAUUGAAAUAGUGACUGACUGUAAGCCAAAUGGAGAGACUGAUCUUUCAUUUGUCAGUCUUUUUACUGGAAUCAAAGAAUUCAAGAUGAAUAUUGAAGCUCUUCGGGAGAAUCUUUAUUUUCAGUCCAAAGAGAACCUUUCCACGACACUGGAAGUCAUCCUGGAGCGUACAGAGGACUUUACUGAUUCUGCCUACACCAGCCAUGAGCACAGGGAGCGCAUCUUGGAGCUGUCCGCUCAGUCCAGAAUGGAAUUGCAGCAGCUCACUUCUGUGUGGAUUCAAGCUCAAAGCAAGAAAACCAAAAGCAUUGCUGAAGAACUGGAAUUAUCUAUUUUGAAAAUCAGUCACAGUCUCAAUGAACUUAAGAAAGAACUUCACAGUACAGCGACACAGCUGGCAGCGGAUCUCUUGAAAUGCCAUGCCGACCAUGUGGUUCUGAAAGCAUUAAGGCUUACUGGAGUAGAAGGAAGUUUAGAAGCUUUGGCUGAAUAUGCCUGUAAACUCUCUGAACAGAAAGAGCAGCUUGUUGAGGCCUGUCGACUGUUGCGACAUGUAUCUGGGACAGAACCUCUUGAAAUAACCUGUAUACAUGCAGAGGAGACGUUCCAGGUGACUGGUCAACAGAUAAUUUCUGCUGCUGAAACAUUGACAUUGCAUCCAUCUAGCAAAAUUGCUAAAGAAAACUUAGAUGUGUUUUGUGAAGCUUGGGAAUCCCAAAUUAGUGACAUGUCCACACUACUAAGAGAAAUCACUGAUGUGUUUGAAGGAAGACGAGGAGAGAAGUAUGGCUACCUUUCACUUCCAAAGACAACGAAGAAUAAUGCAAAUGUCAAACCAUCGAAGUCGGACAGGCCUGACUCUGAGGAACAAGCCAGGGUAGCACGGCUGGGACUGAAGCUGGGUUUGCUCUCCUCCGAUGCUGACUGCGAGAUUGAGAAGUGGGCAGAUCAGGAGAAUGAGAUCGUUCGGCACGGGCGGAACAUGUCCAGGAUCGCCUAUUCUCUGUAUUUGUUUACCAGAGGAGAGGGGCCCCUGAAAACUUCCCAGGAUUUAAUACAUCAACUAGAGGUUUUUGCUGCAGAGGGUUUAAAGUUUACUUCAAGUACCCAAGGUUUUUCAAAACAGCUGAAAGAUGAUGACAAACUUACGCUUCUCCUGGAAAUAAACAAGCUAAUCCCUCUAUGCCACCAGCUCCAGACAAUAACCAAGGCAUCUCUGCAGAAUAAAGUGCUUCUCAAGGUUGACAAAUGUAUUACAAAGACAAGAUCCAUGAUGGCGCUCUUGGUUCAACUUCUUUCACUUUGCUAUAAACUGCUGAAGAAGACAGAAAAUGUCAGAUGGGUCUCGGUUACAAAUAAAGACACCGUGGAUGGUAAAACCUGAGAAGAUUUUGGAGUCCAGUCUUUGCAACAUCCUCUGGCAAAGCCGACAUUUUUAAAAAGCAAAUUAUACCUUGCGAAAUUCAAUACAUUUAUCAAGAAAACAAUACUGAAAUCCUGCUUUAUUUUCUGAUCAUGAAACUGGUUGUGAAGCUUUUGACGACUAAUAAUUGCCCUGAUAGCAGUUAGAAUUUUAAUUGCAGUGUGAUUUUAAAAUGUAACAUUGCAUUAAAACUGUAAAAGUCAAACCAAAUAUCCCAGAUGUCUUAAUGACAACUCCAUCCAAAGAAGCUAUUUUGAAUAUGCGCUUGCCUUUGGCAUAUUUUACUUUAACUGUUUUCUUAUUUAAGCCUAUCAUCUAGAACACUAAUUUCAGCAGAAAAUAUACAGCAGUUUGGGUGAACACAGGGUUUUGCUAUAACAAAUGGACUCUUCUUCAGUCCCUGUGUCCACCAAGUGUGACAAAGUCCCCUCUGAUGCUCCCUCUAUCGCAGAUCAUGCUACUGGCCAGAGUUUGUCCUCUAAUAAAUGUUUCACAGAGCAAGGGCUAACUGCUGUGCUGCAUGUACUUCUGAGCUCCUGAAAGCUGAGUAAAGGAACCCAAUCCACAGAAACCUGGAGCAAUUCCUGGGGAAUAGCAGAUAGCCGUCUUUUGGUCCUAGGUCUAGCAUAGCUAGCCAGUCUGCCCUGAAUACUAGCUGUAAUACUAAGCCUAUUUUCCUGGCUUAAAAAAUAGCUUUGAUCUAUUCUUCUCAGUAUUGAUAUAAUGGAAAAGAAGACAGAAGGAUGGAACCAAGAAGCUGUUUAGAUUUUGAGUAAUUUUACAUUUUAUAAUGUGGCCCUGGAAUGUGAUUACAAAAUAAAUAAAUAUCUUUAUUUAGUCAUUUUAA